AUGUUCAAACCCAUCGUCGCCCUCAUCGGCGCGCUUCUCUGUCUCCUCCCCUUCACCCAGGCCAGCGCCGCUGCUCAGUUCAAUCUCGACGUGAAUACGCAAGCAUCAUUAUGCUUCCAGACUUGUCACUCUGCUAUUGUUGGCUCACUUGCCCUAGAGGGGACCGACACCAAUGCCUACCAAUGGAUCAAGCAAAACUGCAAAUACGACAAAUGGCAGUCAGCCAUGUCUCUGUGUCUCCCUCAAUACUGCACAUCAGCUCCAGAUGUCGCUUAUGCCAUGGAAUACGCCAAAGGCUUUUGUGCUCGAGCAGGUGUGACGGUGAACAUAGAACUUCCCGAGAGCUACCUGAGCGGCGUGAAUGGGACAUACUUUACCUCUGAAGAGUACCUCGACUCUGCUUCUUCAGCGGGGAGCAUGCCCAGUGGGUUGUUGGCUGGGGUAGUGGCUAUAGGCGCCGUGGCAGCCACUUUCCUGUGA